AUGGCUCAGAUGGUGGACUCGAGCAAUGGAACACAGCGAUUUGUGAUUGGCAAGAUCGAUGGUCAGUGCAGUAGUGGUUUUGUGUGGUGCAGUGUCUCCUUCAAACUGACCAGCGCGUCAUCGGUCUCAUGCACGCUCGCCCUCGCCGUUCGACAGCUGGUAUUGCGGUUCUCAUAUCGGACGUAAGUACACUGUUGUUAUAUCUUAAACGCGGCUCUUUACUGAUCGAGCCGACCUCUUCCGUUUGCAGUCCGUCCACUUGAUCGAGUUCCCGUCACUGCUGCUACCCGCUGGCGUCGGGCCCGGUUCGAUCGUCAACAUCGCGUGCACGAGGAACUUUGCCGCGGAGAAGGAAGCCUACGAAUCCUUCUGGAGUCUGCAACGGGACAUCUACGCAGAGUUUGGGGCCAAGGAACCCAAGGCGCCGACGCUCCGAGUCCGUAACACCACCCAGACGAGUGUACGUUCACCGUCAUGUAACGCUAGUUCUGAAUGGCGUCUCUGAAGAGGGAUACAAGGUUGUUCAUCGUGUAUACAUAUCUUUGUUGUUGAUCACACAGGUCACACUAGAAUGGGACAAGCUCGAGUUGGCUAGCGCAAAACUGCUGCAGCUUUCCGUAUGGCGCAACGGGCAACGAUUGACCACGAUUCCGAACCCUCAAUCCAACACGAGCACCAAACUGUCCGGUCUCGCGCUCGACACCGACUACAACUUCCACCUGGUGCUCAAGACAUCGGCAGGUACUUAUACGUCCCCGACGGUCAAGACGCGGACACACACCAUCACCGAUACCUCGGGCAUCUCGGUCUGUUUCGGCCUGAUCGAACCGGAAGCCAAGUUGGUCGAGGCUAAGAGUGCGCUUGCGGCGAUGAAGGCCAAGUAUUCGGACAAGAUCCAGAUCGAUACGACCCAUUUCGUCGCGACGAGUCCGGCGAGUGCGAGCAACCCGACGGGUGGGCCGAGCGUCGAGUACCAGAAGGCGCUGCAACUGAGCAUCGUAGGUCCCACCCCUGACGGGCUGCUUUGGUGGACGCGCCUUUCAGUGGCAGCGACACAAACUGAUCUGAAUUAUGUACCUCCUCGCAUCACAGCCCGUCGUCAGCCCCGAGUGGGUCAUCGCAUGCCAAAAGGGGCAAACGAUGGUGCCCAUCUCUAAUUAUUACAUCGGCACCGUCAACCACGCCGCGUCCAUCUCCUCGGCUCAGCUCGUCACCUCGACAGGCGCUAUCCCAUCCUCCAAACCUAGCACACGCCGAGCGACAACGACCACACCCAUCGCUGAAGAGGGUUCGUCUUCGUCCGCACCCGUUCCGGCCGUCGCACCGACCGCUUCGACGAAGGGGGCGAGUGCGCUCGCGGAAGAGGAGCCCGAGGGUCCGCCCGGCGAUGAGAGAGGCUUGAACGGAAUCGUACCUACGGCGGAAGGGUUGGAGAACCGACGGGUCUCGAAUCCCAAACCACCAAGACUGCACGUCAUCGCACCGUCGCAAGAUAUCGAUCCGGCCAAGGUCGAUGCGCUCGUACGCGAGACGAGCAAGGUCAAGAUUGAGGAAACCGUGGCGGAAGAAGAAGCGUUGGAGGAACCGGAGAACCCGCCUGAUGAGGAUGAUGCGACCUUUGUUGGGGACGUCAAGCCUGUGGAGGAGGGUAACCCUAUUGAGGAAUCGACAAAGGAGGAGGAUCCCAAGGCGGGGAACGAGGAAAGCACCUCGACGAAAGCCAGUGAUGGGAUGGAGGAGGUUGGAUUGUAG